AUGGCGACGCCGGCGGUGCAGAAGAUCGCCCACGAGAGGCCCGACGUGGCCGUGGAGGUGCUCCCGCAGGGGACGCGGAUCGAACCGGAUGGCUUCAACUCCGCGCGCGUCCGCGUCCACAUCGACAACAGCGGCUAUGUCUCCCAGAUCCCCGAGAUCGGCUAG